AUCGUUUCGGUUUCCCUCUAAAUUUCCCCGGACUUUGGCCCACCCGAUUUCCUAUUCGGAUCCCCGAGAAAUUUUAGCCCUCGGAUUCACAAUCCAACGGUCCGUAUCGCUCGGCCGAGUUGUUAACCCUAAUUUCUUUCUCUUCUUCCUCAGUGGUUUCCAUCCAUCAUAAACCCUAGCGCCACCAUCUCCUUCCCCCCAACCUACCGCUUCGCCUCCUUUCCCUUCUCUUGGUUUCCAACAACCUCGCAGCCGCAGCUAGCUGCCCAUGACCACGUUGGUGACUAUUUUUUGGACGGCUUCGUGAAACUUGGUUCUCGAUCUGCCCAUCUCUGGAGGAGCCAUAAGAAGAAAAAAAAAAGGAUCUGCCUUUUUCUCUCUUUGUAAAGAGAAAUUGGAAACGGAAGUUCUGGGUUCGACUGUUGUGUUGAUACGCGCCUGUAGAAUUUGUUUGUAUAACGAGUCGAAGGUUUUUUUUCUUUUUGGGUUUAGGGGCGGUUCCGUUGUCGGUGAAUUGGUCGUGUUUUAGGAUUCUAGAUUUAGGUUAGAGAAUUGGGGGGGUUCGAAAUUUGGGCUCUUUGGACCUUCUUCAUGUCGGAGUAACUCAGGUGGUUCGAGUCGGUUUCUGACGGGGAUGGAGUUUCUCCGACAGAAUUUGGAUAAUGAGUCCGUGCACUAGGAGUGGUUCCGUUUUGGGAUCAGGCAAAGUUCGCAGUCGGGAAAUCGGAGGGAAAAUUAGGAAACUGGGUCAGUCUGAUCGGAGAGUGAGCUGGAGGCUCAGUGAGUUGAAGGCUGACAAGGUCGGCGCUUCAGGAAUUGGGUUGAACCAGCGUAACCGAACAGCAAUUAUGCCGUCCGGGGAGAUUCGCAGGGGGACGAGGGUGAUUGGGAUGGUUAAGGGUGCCGAUUCGGUCCGGGUUCUCCGGUCCGGUCGGCGGUUGUCACCCCGAUCCGGGGAGCGACAGGUCAGGAGGGUUAAAGACGACGAAGAAGACAAGUCGCUGCACCACAGUAUCAAGAAGUACCCACACAAGUGCAAGGAAAAUGGUGCCACCAAUGAUGAUAAGCUAAAAAGGAAAGCUUCCGAAAGUGUUGUUCAUAUCAGUGAAAUUGAAGCGCCCAGAAGGGUGAAGAGAGCUCGUAUGGCAGUCAAGAAAGUCAAGAAGGUGAAGAAAGCGGCUUCCAAGUCCGACAAGGUUGCGGUGAUAGAGGAUCGGGUUGCCUUAAUUGACAGGAGGUUUGGGAUUGUUUACGCAAGGAAGAGGAAGAGAGGGAGUAUCGAGAAGCAAGAAAGCUCUGGUAAUAAGUUGUUUGGGAUUCAAUUCUCACGGAGGCAGGCAAGGAAGAAGGGAGCUGAUUGUGUUGUUGAAGUUCAGACCUGUGCCUUCGUUGCUGUGGUACAGAAUUCUGGUACUGUGGCAGCUUCUCUCCUGGCUUCAAUCUUGAGGCACAUCAAGAACGUUGGUGUGGAUUUGUCUGAACUUGCUGGCUUCUUGUUCUCUGAGCCCCUCAACUGUACUUUUGCUUCAAAUGGGAUCCGGUUCUUGAAGGAUCCAUCAGGUGCAAGUAGCGGAAUUUGCAAUUUUUUUGAUUCUGUGACUUCGGUGCCAUCUUUUGAUUUGGACUUUUCUGUAAUCCCUUCGUGGUUUAUGGAAAUGCAUCUGAAUUGGGUACUGAGGGUGUCUCGUGUGCCUUCAAAUAAGCCUGCGGAGGAAUGUGACGAAAUGAUGAGUGAAGAUGAAGAUGAAAUAGAUCAGUUAUUUCUUAGUGUCAAGACUCCUCAAAUUGAACUAGCAUCUGGGGCUGAUGUUUCCGAGAACAGGCCCAUGUUGACUCCUUCAGUUAGACAUUCGAGGUUGACUGUCAAAAGCACUCAGCCCAGAAAUGGCCAUUACAGCCGUGGUGUCCGGAAAAGUCGGAGCUCACGUAGGAGGAGAGCAAGAAAUCCGUCUCUGCUCGGAGUGCAGGCAGCUAAUGGCUUGAUGGUGACUGGUUCUCUUGGUAGCCGGAAGAAGAGUCGUCCCCUCUCUUCUGUUGUGUCAAAGUACAAACUUAGGAAUGCUUUGCCAGCUAGUUCCGUGACAGAAUGUCCAAAAGAAGCAAGUUCUGCUGCAGUUGAGGGGAAAAAUUGUACAACAGACAAGUCCGGCUGCUCUGCGGAUCUGCUUGUUAUUGAAUCCGACAGAUGUUACAAGGUGAAAGGGGCUACCAUUGCUAUCGAAUCUUCUGAUUCGAGAAAGUCUGUUAUUGUAGUGAAGAAGGAUGGUGAAACUAAAUUGUCCUUCUUGCCUCAAAAAUACAUGAAGACUAGCUCUGUUAACCGAGUAACUCACAAUGUCUUGUGGUCUGGGAAUGAGAAUUGGAAGCUAGAAUUUCCUAGUCGGCAGGAUUGGUCCAACUUCAAGGAGCUUUAUAAGGAAUGUGAAAAUCUCAAUGUACCACCUACAGCAACAACGGUUAAAGCUAUUCCUGUUCCUGGAGUGCGCGAAGUGCCAGGCUAUGAAUCUAAUUGUUCCGGUGUAUUCUCCAGGCCAGAUGCAUAUAUUUCUGUGACCACUGAUGAAGUGGCCAGAGCGCUAGAGAAAAGGAGUGCUAACUAUGAUAUGGACUCUGAAGACGAGAGAUGGCUAAAAGAAUGUAGCCCUGAAUCUGUUAAGGCAGCUGGGCGCCCACAGCUGCUUUCAGAGGACAAAUUUGAGUUGAUGAUUGAUGUGUUUGAGAAAGCUUCAUACUGCACUUCUGACGAGGUGAUUGAUGAGAAAGCAGCUCUGAGUCUUGUUGCUGACUUGGCUGGGCAAGAGGUAGCCCAAACUGUGUAUGGCUAUUGGUUGAAAAAGAGGAAGCAGAAGCGAGUGCCGUUACUUCGUGUUUUCCAGAUCCACCAAGUCAAGAAACCUCCGGUAGUUGGAAAGCUUGUCAUACGCAAGAGACGGUCAUUCAAAAGACAGGGUGGUCAAUGUGGGAAAGGCAAGCAACUGGGUCUAUUGCAAGCCAUGGCAGUCGAGCAUGAUGCUCUGGAGGAAAGGAACGCCAUGCUUAAGCUGGAGGAAGCUAACAACUCGGCGAAGAGGUCCAUUGAGUUGGCGAUCGAGAAGCGACGCAGGGCCCAGUUGCUGAUGGAGAAUGCUAGUCUGCUGUGUUACAAGGCCACCAUGGCACUUAGAAUCGCCGAGGCCCUUUCUUCCUUCGAUUCAGCGGAAGUUGCUAACACCGAGAUGUUUGAUGUGGGCAGCAGUAACGGUAGUCAGGGUAAUGCCGGCCAUGGAGUUUUAAAUUGCCUACAGCUGCAACACCGUCGAAGAACAACUUUGAUUGUCCCUGAUUGUUUACCAUUAUACCAAAGCGCGCCCUGCUGCAAUUUUGCCAUGGCGGGUAUCGCUUCGGAUAAGCUAGGGAGCAGCAGAUCAAUGGGGUCGACUUCGUUGAGGAGCAGAGGGAGUUUGCGGGAUGCGGCAGGGGAAUUCGAGUUUCAGAGAAGCACGACGGAGGACGACGAGGACGAGCUGAAGUGGGCGGCAAUUGAGCGCCUCCCCACCUACGAAAGGCUGCGGAAGGCGAUUCUGAAGCAUGCCGCCGGCGACGGCGACGGCGGUGGUGGAGGGGAAGUUGGGUUGCAGGAGAUUGACGUGGGGAAGCUGGGCGGAACAGAGAGGAAGGUACUGAUUGAAAGUCUUCUCAAAGUCGCGGAAGAGGAUAACGAGAAGCUGCUGCGUCGGAUCCGGCACCGGACCGAUGUCGUCGGGAUUAAGAUUCCGACGGUCGAGAUUCGGUUCGAGGGACUUUCUGUUGAAGGCGAUGGGUACGUCGGAACCAGGGCUCUGCCCACUCUGCUCAAUUUCGUGGUGAACACUGUUCAGGGGAUUCUUGGGUUGUGUCGAGUUUUCCCAACAAAGAAAAGGGUGGUGAGGAUUCUUCAUAAUAUAAGCGGAAUUGUAAAACCAUCGAGGAUGACUCUGCUGUUGGGGCCUCCGGGAUCAGGCAAAACUACUCUGUUGAAGGCGCUCUCCGGGAAACUGGACAAGAAUUUAAGGGUGUCGGGAAGAGUGACAUACUGCGGGCACGAAUUCCAUGAGUUCGUGCCUCAGAGAACUUGUGCUUAUAUCAGCCAGCAGGAAUGUCACAUUGGAGAAAUGACUGUCAGGGAGACGUUGGAAUUCUCUGGCCGCUGCUUGGGAGUUGGGACCAAGUACGAUUUGUUGGCUGAGCUAUCCAGAAGGGAGAAAGAUGCGGGAAUCAAGCCGGAUCUAGACGUUGAUGCAUUCAUGAAAGCCACAUCCAUUUCUGGACAGAAAAAUCACCUCGUGGUAGAUUAUGUCCUCAAGCUUCUUGGGUUGGACAUCUGCGCUGACAUAAUUGUCGGUAAUGAUAUGAUAAGGGGCAUAUCGGGUGGGCAAAAGAAGCGUGUCACCACAGGGGAGAUGUUGGUUGGACCGACUAAAGUGUAUCUGAUGGACGAAAUCUCAACCGGGUUGGAUAGUUCAACAACUUACCAAAUUGUUAGGUUUAUGAAGCAAAUGGUCCAUAUCAUGGACGUCACCAUGAUCAUCUCCCUGCUCCAGCCUGCACCCGAGACAUACGAACUUUUUGACGACGUCAUCCUUGUCUCGGAAAAUCAGAUUAUUUACCAAGGUCCUAGGGAAAACGUUCUUGACUUCUUCGAAAAUGUCGGUUUCAAGUGCCCUGAAAGGAAAGGAGUUGCAGACUUCUUGCAAGAGGUUACUUCCAAGAACGAUCAGGCGCAGUACUGGUCUAGAAUUGAUGAACCCUAUCGAUACAUCUCGGUACCUGAUUUUGUGACAUUCUUCAACUCGUUCUCGACAGGAAAGGAGCUUGCUGAUGAGCUUGCAAUGCCUUAUGACAAAUCUAGUGUUCAUCCUGCUGCAUUGGUGAAAGAGAGAUAUGGAAUCUCCAACAAAAAUCUCCUGAAGGCGUGCUUUCAGAGGGAGUUGUUGUUAAUGAAGAGAAAUUCUUUUCUUUAUAUCUUCAAGACGGCGCAACUAACCAUCAUGUCAAUAAUUUGCAUGACCGUGUUCUUCAGGACUGAGAUGAAGGCUGGUCACCUAGGGGACGGGAACAAGUUCUACGGUGCUUUGUUUUAUUGCCUGAUCAACAUUAUGUUCAAUGGAGUUGCUGAACUGACCUUGACCACACAUAGGCUUCCUGCAUUUUACAAGCAGAGGGAUUCCUUAUUGUACCCAGCAUGGGCAUUUGCCUUGCCAAUCUGGGUGCUUCGUAUUCCAAUCUCAUUUGGAGAGUCAUUCAUAUGGAUAGCCUUGACUUAUUACACUAUUGGGUUUGCUCCAUCAGCGGAUAGAUUUUUUAAGCAGUUUCUUGCAUUCGUUUGUAUAAAUCAGAUGGCUCAAGGUUUAUUCCGCUCCAUUGGGGCAGUAGCAAGAUCGAAAAUCGUAGCACCAGCCAUUGGUAUGUUCACGUUGCUAGUUGUGUUCAUCCUUGGAGGAUUCAUUAUUGCCAAAGAUGACAUCCAACCAUGGCUGAUCUGGGGCUACUAUAUUUCCCCAAUGAUGUACGGGCAGAAUGCUAUCGUUAUAAAUGAAUUUCUCGACGAAAGAUGGAGUGAUCCCAAUCCCGACCAUAGGAUUCCAGAGGCAACAGUUGGAAAGGCGCUUCUCAAAAUGAGAGGCAUGUUUGUAGAGAACAAGUGGUACUGGAUAUCAAUUGGGGCACUCAUAGGCUUUUCUGUGGUUUAUAACCUAUGUUUUGUUCUCGCCUUAACAUACUUGAACCGAAAGACCACUUUGAUGGAUGUUUUAGCGGGCAGGAAAACUGGAGGGUACACUGAAGGAAUCAUCAACAUUUCUGGUUAUCCUAAGAAUCAAAGGACAUUUGCUAGAAUAAGUGGAUACUGUGAACAAAAUGAUAUCCAUAGCCCUCGGAUUACCGUUUACGAGUCUCUUCUACAUUCAGCAUGGUUGCGUCUUCCCAAAAGUGUCAAUAAGAAAGAUAGAAUGAUGUUCAUUGAGGAAGUUAUGGAGUUGGUUGAGCUAGUCCUCUUGAGGAACUCAAUAGUAGGACUCCCUGGAGUGAAUGGUUUGUCAACUGAGCAGCGCAAGAGAUUGACCAUAGCCGUUGAGCUGGUUGCAAAUCCUUCAAUAAUCUUUAUGGACGAGCCAACAUCUGGUCUUGAUGCUCGAGCAGCUGCAAUUGUCAUGCGAACCGUUAGAAACACAGUGGAUACAGGAAGAACUGUUGUUUGCACCAUACAUCAACCAAGCAUUGACAUCUUUGAAUCUUUUGAUGAGUUGUUGUUGAUGAAGAGAGGAGGACAAGUUAUAUAUGCAGGCACCCUUGGACACCAUUCUCACAAGAUGGUAGAAUAUUUCGAGGUGUUCUCUUUGGACUUAUCUUCUGGAAGAAGGGACAAAAGACUGUUGCCUAUUGUUUCGGUCGAAAGGACAAUCUUGUAUAGGGAAAAAGCAGCAGGUAUGUACUCAGAAGUGGCUUAUGCAGUUGCCCAAGUCUCCAUUGAAGCAGUCUACAUCGCAGUCCAAACCUUCUUCUACAGUGUGAUACUGUUCCUUAUGAUUGGCUACCCAUGGCAUCUGGGGAACUUCUUGUGGUUCUAUUUCUUCAUAUUCAUGUGUUUCCUAUACUUCAAUCUCUACGGGAUGAUGCUUAUUGCACUCACUCCUAGCUACCAAAUAGCUGCCAUCGCCAUGACGUUCUUCUUCACCACAUGGAAUCUCUUCAACGGCUUCCUUAUUCUUCGAACGGAUAUCCCAAUAUGGUGGAGAUGGUACUACUGGGCAUCCCCAGUGGCUUGGACAAUUUAUGGCAUGUUUGCAUCCCAGCUGGGAAACGUUGACAGUUUAGUGGAAGUAGCCGGGCAAGGCAACAUGCCUGUGAAGCAAUUCUUGAAACAGUCGUUUGGAUUUGAAUAUGACUUCCUUGGAGCUGUUGCAGCUGCCCACAUUGGGUUUGUGCUCCUUUUCCUGUUUGUCUUUGCUUAUAGCAUUAAGUUUCUGAAUUUCCAGAAGCGAUGA